UUUUGCCUUGUAGUUUGGUAGCCAUUGUAUUAGUCCUCGUUGAUUGCAAAUUGUUUCUGGUGUUCGAAAGAAUUCUCACACGUUUUCAGGAUGAAGGAUCGACUGGAACAGUUGAAGGCCAAAAGUGACGUGGGUGGUGAUGAUGUGGAGGUCCCAGUGGAGAACGAGGCCUUCAUGGAUGACUUCUUUGCCCAGAUUGAGGAGAUCCGUGGAAGUAUUGAUAAGAUAGAGGAGAGUGUGUCAGAGGCCAAGAAGCUCUACUCUGUCAUCCUGUCUGCUCCCACAUCAGACCAGAAGACACAAGAUGACUUGGAGUCGAUCACUAAUGACCUCAAGAAAUCCGCCAACAACGCACGAAACAAACUCAAGAACAUCGAGAAGCAGCUGGAGACCAACACGGAGGAGAGGGCGUCAGCUGACUUGCGGAUACGCAAGUCCCAGCAUGCCAUUUUGUCCAGGAAGUUUGUGGAGGUGAUGACCAAGUACAACGAGGCACAGGUAGACUUCAGGGAGAAGAGCAAAGGGCGCAUUGCUCGCCAGUUGGAGAUCACGGGGAAAACAACGACCGAUGAGGAGUUGGAGGAGAUGUUGGAAGGAGGGAACGCGGCUGUCUUCAGUGCUGGGAUCAUGGACUCUGGGAUGUCCAAGCAGGCCCUGAAUGAGAUUGAGGCGCGACACAAAGACAUUGUUCGUCUGGAGAGCAGCAUUAAGGAGCUCCAUGACAUGUUUGUGGACAUUGCCAUGCUGGUUGAGAACCAGGGUGGUAUGAUUGAGAGGAUUGAGAGCAACAUGGACCAAUCAGUGGGCUUCGUAGAGCGGGCUGUGGCAGACACCAAGAAGGCUGCCAAGUUCCAACAGGAAGCUCGCAGAAAACAAAUGAUGAUCAUGUGUUGCUGUGUAAUCCUGGCUGUCAUUGGGGGAUCCUUUGUCUACAGCUUCUUCAAGUAG